ACUACAUUUUCACUGUUGUUGUGACUUUAGCUAGCUGUGCUUUUGAAGACAUGCUUCAGAAGACCGACGUGAUACAAGAAAUGUAGCCACAUUUUGCCUUGAUAUAACAGUCAGUUGGAUUCAUAAAGGACUUGGAUCACGAAAUACAUCUGGAAACGCAGAAGAUAAGGUGUGUGAAUGAUGAGUACCCAGCCUGUCCCUUUUGAGGAGGUGCGGAGGAGAGCUGAGUCCCUCCUGUCCUAUUCAGGCUCUGCCCAGGCAUUGAAGACUGAUGUCCAGUUCAUGGCCAAUGUUCCCCUGUCCCUGUCUGACAAGUUUCACCACAUCACAGCACAGACCAUGGUGACACAGAACAUAGCAGGGCAGAGCAGGGAGGAGGUCCUAGAGUCUGUUGGACGGUUGUUUAAAGCCUUGAGCAUCCUGGAAAAGUAUGGCUGUAACCUGACCAGCCCCAGCAGGCCCAGGUACUGGCGCAGCGUCAAGCACAACAACCCAGUCUUCAGGGCUACCGUGGACGCCAUCAAGGGUGGCAGGUCAGUCCUGUUUCUCUACGGUUACACCAAUCAACAGCCAGACGGCCUCAGCUUCCCCGAUGAUGUCACAGAUCCAGACGUUGGGAAGGUUGCUGCAGUGACCAUUGAGGUCAUGACCCUGCGCAUGGAACUGGACAUGCUUAUCAAGGGUACACAUGCUCACCCAGAAAUCUACAGCAGUAUAAUCCCAUCCCUUAGUCUCCCGAAGACAAAUCAGGAGAAACCAGAGCUGAUGUCUGAUGCAGUGGUCAUCCCACCAGGAGAGGAGCAUGGGGACAGUGGGAAAGACCUUCAGCUGCUAUCUCCUCCACCCAAACCGGCUGCUAGUCCUGGACAAAGACACGCCCCGACCACUCCCACAGAUGGGGGGUGUAAUCUGUGCGGUGCCACUCCCUCUCUCCUCUGCCCACCCUGUGGUUCUCUUCCUUUCUGUCAGUCAUGUGACCUCAUCUACCACCGCCACCCGUCCAGAGCCAAUCACAGGAGAGAUAGAAUACAGGAGACCUGUACCAUCUGUGGUAUGUCCCAAGUCUACGCCCCUUGCUCCACCUGUUCUCAGAGGCUGUGUCUGGAAUGUGACAGACUGUACCAUUCUCACCCUGACCGUGGGGGUCACAACAGGACACUGGUUACCCCCGCCAAACUAACAAGAGCUUUUAGCCUCUCUCUUUCCUCAUGGGAGUGUGCUCAGUGCACUACAGUCAACGAGGUGAAAGCUGCGCUGUGUGUGACCUGUGAACGACCCCGUCUGGCCAUCGCUUCCCUUAUAGAUCUGGAGGACCCGGGGCAGCCGCAACCCAACCCAGAGUGGCAGUGUAAGAGCUGUACGGUGGUGAACCAAGGCAGCAGUAUACUGUGUGAGGUGUGUGAGCGCCCCCGUCUGGCCACCCGUCCCUCUAUCACGCCAGUACUCCCCAGUACUCCAGUACUACCCACGGCAGGACCCACGGCAGACAAGGAAACAAAGUGGAUGUGUCAGUUCUGCACCUAUGUGAACUCUCCUCCUGCAGUGGUUUGUGAGGUGUGCAACCUGCCGUGCAAAGAUCCUCCAGUGACCAGUCCCAAGUCCCUCCUCCUGCAGUCUCCAGUCAAAGACUUUGUCCCGCCUCCUGUGAUGCCCCAGGUCCCUCCGGAGAUCUCUUCCAGGGUAAACAUCGACAUUAAGAGACAGAACCUGAUGAGGGAUGAAGGACUGAAGCUGGUCCAUCAAAUACGAAAGGGAGAGAAGAAGGGAGUGGGCCCUGAGGAGGUGUACGCAGCCCUCUGCAUUUCCAGGGGCAGCAACGUCAACCCCUGUGAUUGGCUGAAAUCAGAGCUGCCUCACCUACUGGAUGAGAUCUGUGCCAUGGCAGCUUCGGCAGCUUUGCAGAACUUCAAAGCAAGGGUUUCUGGGCCGCAGGAUAACACAGAUAAGGGGUCGACAGAGCAACAGAGUCCCAGUGUGCUGCUGGGUGAGGGAGUGCAGCUGUCCAGGGUUGAGGCCAAGCAGGCAUGGCUGGCAGCAGGGGGCAACACUGAGAGAGCAGUCCGUCAGCUGCUCCGAGACAGACAGGCCAAGAUGCGGGAGCUGCGUUCGCUGGGCUUCCGAGAGGCGUCGCAGUGUGAGGAGGCUCUGCGUCUGAGUGGAGGGGAGGUGCGGGGGGCUCUGUCCCUGCUGCAGCGGCCCCUCCUGGAGCCCUUCCACCAGCGCAUCUGGAGCGACCAGCCAGAGGCCCCCAUUGAUGCCAAGAACCCUGACAAGCAGAGGAUGUGCAGGCGCCUGCUGGCGUUGUACGAGCUGCCCAGCUGGGGGCGCUGUGAGCUGGCCCUGUCUCUACUCCAGGAGCCUGAUGCCCAGUACUCCCUGGAGGACGUCAUCCAGGCCGUCAGAGAGUCCCAGGACAGAGAGUUCCUCCGCCGCCUCCUCAACAACGAGUGCCCCUGCUGCCUCAGCAUCUUCCCCCACAGCAAGAUGCAGUCCCUGACCUCGUGUCAGUGCUCGGUGUGCCACGAGUGUUUCACACAGCACUUCACCAUCGCUGUGAGAGACAAACACAUCAGAGACAUGGUGUGUCCUGUGUGUGCAGGACCAGACAUCAACGACCCUGAGCACCUGGACAGCUACUUCUUUACUCUGGACAUUCAGCUGCGAGACUGUCUGGAUCGUGAGGUGUACGAGCUCUUCCACAAGAAGCUGAUGGAACAUGCUCUGAUGAAGGACCCCAUGUUCCUGUGGUGUUGUCACUGCACCUUUGGCUUUAUCUAUGAUGGAAACCAAUACAAAGUCACCUGCCCCACGUGUAUGAAGAGCUUUUGUAACCAAUGCAAAAAGCCUUGGGAAGCUCAGCACCAGGAUGUAUCCUGUGAGCAGUUCCAGUUGUGGAAAAGAGAGAACGACCCUGACUACCAGAGACAGGGGCUGGCCGGGUUCCUGCGGGACAACGGCAUCACCUGUCCUCACUGCAGGUUCCAGUAUGCCUUGACCAAAGGUGGCUGCAUGCACUUCAGCUGCUCCCAAUGCAGAUACCAGUUCUGCAGUGGCUGCAACAAUCCCUUCCACACUACGGCUUGUAAAACUGUCCAGUGUAAGAUCACAGGUCUCCAUGCUCAUCACCCACGAGACUGUCUCUUCUACCUCAGGGACUGGGAGCCUGCCAGACUACAGGCCCUGCUGCAGAGGAAUGCUGUUGAGUUCAACACAGACCCCCCUAAUGGGACACAGACUGACGCAUGUGGAGUGAUGGAGCAGAAGGACGAGGGGGGUCAGCAGAUUGACUCACCCUGUGGAGUCCAAACUCAGCCAGGACAAGCUGGACUCUGCAAUAAACACUACAGAGAGUAUCUGGUUAGUCUCAUCAACGGACACACCCUGGACCCCGGUAUUCUCUACGACCAACAAGAGGUGACAGUUGCCUGCAAGAGGUACCAGGUGGAGGAGCAACAAGGGGAGGGGGAGGACGACAGGGUGUACAAGGCUCGACUGCUGAAGGUCAGUCAUCACUCAGUUAGGCUUGUUUCUCUAAAGUCACGUGAUUUCGGGGAAAGGGAGCGCCUGCCUCUGCUCUGCCGGUCUCGGGAGAGACGAAGGUUGAAAGUCAGCAGUGGGAAGUACCCUGGCCUGAUAUGGGACGAUGACGCCAAGACCAUGUUUCGUAUCCCCUGGAAACACGCCGGGAAACAGGACUUCCGCAGUGAAGAGGAUGGUGCCAUCUUCAAGGCAUGGGCGGUGUUUAAGGGGAAGAUGUCCGAUGGGGGUCGUGUGGACCCUGCCUCCUGGAAGACCCGGCUGCGCUGUGCUCUCAAUAAGAGCCCGGAGUUCAAAGAGGUCCCCGAGAGGUCCCAGCUAGACAUCUCCGAACCAUACAAAGUUUACUGCCUUGUACCGAUGAAUGAACAAGUGUUGGGGAAUGUUAAAAUAAGGGGCCGAGCCAGAGCAGGAGGGAGGAAGAGAAGGAGCAGCGAUUCAGAUAGCGAGGAGGAGGAGGAGGUGAAGGAGGAGGUUGUGGUCAAACAGAUGAAAGAGGAGAUCAUCACCGCCCCAAUCACCAUGUCUGUUCAGGAGAUUGAUGAAAGUGUUCUUACCAUCCAACAAGACCAGUUCGAUCAGCCCUUGGUCAUCCUGAAGAGCGAUGGGACGGUCGAUGAGCUCCAGGUGAACGUCACGAUUGAGACCGUCCCUCCCCCUGGAGCACGGGACUCGUUCCAUGUCUUAGUGAAAUACAUAGGACAGGAGGUGCUUAAACGUGAGGUCAUAGGCAGCGAUGUCCGAAUCGCCUACCUGCCCUCAUCACCUGUUCCACCCACCCUGAUGAUGGGUGGGUUCCCACGCAUCCCCCUCCCAGAGUACCCCUCCACCCUGACCUCCUGCCCUGGCAUCGGGCCUCAGCUCCAGGCCCUCUCCACACUGUUGCCCUUCAUGGAGAAAGGGGUGAUCCUGACCUCCACGGGGGCAGGGAUCUAUGCUAAGCGCUACUGCCAGGGCCGGGUGUUCUGGACAGGGCCACAUUCAACCACGACGGGACCCCACAAGAUGAACCGUGCUGUGGAGCCCGUGCUGCUCUUUGACAGAGAGGCUUUCAAAAUGGAGCUGGACCACUUCCGCAGUUACGGGGGAGACCCUCCUCAGUGUGGCAUCACCUUGUGUUUCGGAGAGGAGUUCAGUGCCACAGAGGACCCAUCCAGCAAACUCAUCAUCACACAGAUAACCCUACCCUGGGCUCAGCAGCAGGUCAAAGAAGCUGAAGACUUCCGGGAGUCAAUGACCUACCUCCGCGACAUAGCCAGCCAAUCAGGAGAUGUCACCAUCAACCUGGUUCCAGUGCCUUACCCCUGAGCAUCUGAUCACAGGACAUCUCGUAUAAAUUAAGAGAGAGAAAAUAUUGAAGCACUAUCUGAUCUGAUACCAAGGGCUCAAUUCAAUCCGUGUCGCGGAAAUUCAGCGCAAUAGCGCAAUUUAAAGGCAAUGUUCCUGCGUUUGCGGAGACUGCAUUCACGGUGAACGCUGCACAAGUCGGCUCAGUCGGAAAUUAGUUUUACAUUUCAAUCGCACUGAACAUCCAUGAUACGGAUUUAACGGAGUCCCAAGCCUUCUCAGACAUGAACCACUCGACUGAAUAGCACUACAUGGAAUGGAGACAUCACUUUGGUUUAGCCUUCAGGAUUGCCCUUUACCAACCCAAUCACCUGAUGUUAUACUAUUGGUCCAAAUGAUAUUCAACUCACUUUGGCUGUGUUUACAUAGGCAGCCCAAUUCUGAUCUUUUUCUACUGACCAAUCAGAUCAGCUAUGAAAAAGAGAUGUGAUUGGUCAAAAGACCAAUUAGUGGAAAAACAUAUCACAAUUGGGCCUUUUUAUAGGGAGUCAGAGACUUUUACUCCUUAUUGCUGUCUUUAUGAAUGCUGACUGUGGUACUGCUUCAGAUACCUUUCAGGAUCCUCCUCGUGUUGUUCACAUAGUCUGUGAUAGCGUAACUGUUGACAAAGCUGUUGUAUGAGAUUCUGCCAAAACAGGCUCAGAAAGCCAUAGUAGGGCCAAAGUUCAGUUAUUUGAUCAUCACCAUGUCAACUGUUCGAGGCAGGAAACCAACUUGUCUGUCUGAGGUUUUGGUUUCUGAAAGUGGUAAUGCUUGUUCAGCACAUUUAUAUUGAGAAAAAACAAUAUUGUGUACUUUAUCUCUUCGUCAUAUAGAAAUGAAUCCAGGGGGGGGCUCCUUUCUCUUAUGAACCGAUGUUUAUAUGAACACAAUAUCACAUGAAUACUUUAAAUAGUUUGUAGAUGUAGUUUAAUGAGUUGAUAAGCUUACACACUCUGAAAGCAGUGGGUCAGGAUGUACGUAAUGUUGUGAUGCCAUUGGCAGCCAUUUAACAAAGCCGUGCUCAUAGUUCAUGAUUGUAAGUGGGUUAACAACAUGGCUGCUGGGUUUGACACAAGGCACACUCUGGACUGAGAAUGUUGUUAGGUGGAAGACUGCACAGAUCUGUCAAUAUUUCAGUUAUUUAUGCAUGUCUUGUGUUGUCAGUGUUCUGCCUGACCGUAUUAAAUCUAUUUCAUAUUUUGAAAA